AAGGAGCAUCAUGCUCACAAUUUAUCUUUCGUCUCAACCACAUCUCAUUCCCGGCAAAAGAGAGAAGUUCAAUCAUGUCUCGAUCGGAAGAGAAUCACCAGCACCACCCGCAACAACAUGGGAAAGCCGUGCUAACCCGUGUCUUGGAUGAAAUGGGGCUCGUCACCGUCUGGCGGUCCCCGCGCGAUGUGAAGCUCCUCUGCGCCCAGCGGUUUGUGCGGCUGUUCGCCUACGGGGCCUCCACGCUGAUCCUCGUGUCUUAUCUCUCCGCGUUGGCCAUCUCGGAGGAACGCAUCGGGUUAUUUAUGACCUUGACCUUGGUCGGGGAUGUGGUGAUUAGUUUUCUCUUGACGUUGUUUGCGGAUGCGAUGGGGCGGCGGGCGGUCUUGUCGUUGGGGUCGGCUUUGAUGACGGGGAGCGGGGUCGUCUUUGGCCUUGGGGCUGGGUUUUGGGGGUUGCUGGCCGCUGCGGUGCUGGGAGUUAUUAGUCCAAGCGGCAACGAGAUCGGCCCCUUCCGGGCGGUGGAGGAAUCCACGCUGGCGCAUCUGACCUCCCACGAGCAUCUGAGCGACAUCUUUGCUUGGUAUUCUCUCCUCGGGACGGCGGGGACGGCCCUGGGCAUGAUGUCGUGCGGGUGGGCCAUCAAAUUCCUGCAAGUCACGAAAGGGUGCGAUUUCAUCACCGCCUGCCGGGCCAUGUUCUUCGGAUAUGCUGCGGUCGGGGUGGUAAAGUUGGCUCUGACCCUCUGCCUAAGUCGAAAGGUGGAGGCGAUCCAGGAGGAGGAUCGUGCAGCGGAGGAUGCGCAGGAAUCCGGCGAGACUGAGGCGCUGCUAGGUGAUCGUCCACGCGAAGAGUCUCAGCAACAGCAGCAGCAGCCGCCAAAGACGGAUAAGCCGUCACUCUUCUCUGCGUUUGAUCGUGACCUCCUGAGCCUGGUGCUCAAGCUAUUCUUGCUCUUUGGAUUGGAUUCGUUUGCUUCAGGGCUUGCGUCGCUUUCCUGGAUGACAUACUUCUUCAAGCGCAAGUUCUCUCUCCCCGAGAGCGAGCUGGGGUCAAUUUUCUUUACCACGUCGAUCAUUUCCGCCGCGUCGAUGAUCGUCGCAUCUUCCAUUGCGAAGCGCAUUGGUAACGUCAAGACAAUGGUCUUCACCCACCUCCCCUCCGCCAUCUGUCUCGCCAUGAUCCCAUUCCCUUCCGCCCUUCCCCUAGCGCUGAUGUUCCUGAUCCUGCGAGCGUGCACGCAGAACAUGGACGUGGCCCCGCGGUCGGCCUUCCUGGCCAGCGCCUUGCCUUCGGACAAGCGCACCGCCAUCAUGGGCGCGGUCAAUGUGGUGAAGACCAGUGCGCAGAGUAUGGGCCCGCUGAUCACAGGUGUGUUGGCUAGUAGAGGGUUGUUCGGGGCCUCGUUCACUGUGGCUGGUGUCUUGAAGGCAUGCUAUGAUAUCGGCAUGUUGGUUUGUUUUGGUGGGCGGAGUGCGCGGAGGUAGAUGGAAUGGUCUAAGGGAACUAGCCAAAAGCACACCCAAAAGCAUUGUUUAGAAUUGAGGGUUUGUCAUUAGACGCACGGGUCCUGUAUGUUGCUGGUGAGAGCGAGGAUGCUCCUCUCAGCUUC